GUUGGAUUUUGAAAGAGGUAUCGGCGAAUUCGGACUACACGUGAAGGCAUCACGCUGGGGGCGAGCGAGUAGGUUUCCUGUUAGCGGUGGGUCGAGUCGCCCCGGUCAGCGAAGUACCACCGUGCCCGCCAUCACCUCACCUCACCGAGGCUGGCCUCCGUGGACUCCGCCGCCGGAAUAAAAGUCAAACGCGACGAUGGCGAGCGAAAACGUGAAAACGGAGCCGGAAAGCGAAGAGGAGAAUGUAUACGAAGUGGAGAGGAUCAUUGAUAUGCGCGUGGAGGGGGGCGAGGUGCUGUAUCGGGUGCGAUGGAAAGGUUACUGCUCGGACGACGACACGUGGGAACCUGAAGGCCAUCUGGAGGACUGUCGAGAGGUCCUUUUGGCCUAUAAAAAGGCAGGCACAGAAGUUGCAAAGGAACCGGAGGAAAAGAAGCCUGUACUGCAACUACCGACAAAGAGCGACUUGUUUGACGCCGACUCCGAGAGCGACAGCGACAAGGACAGACCUGCCGCCGACGCGCCUGUCUUCAAGAAGAAAAAGAAGAAGAAGAAGGCUCGCGAGCAGCCACCAGAAGACGACGACGAGGAGCCUCCUCGAAAGGAGAAGAAAAAGAAGAAAAAGAAGGACAAGUGGCGAGAUGAAUUCAAGCCUUUGCCCGCCCCAGAGACUGACGAGGACGAUGAGGAGAAGACGGCGGAGAUCAAAAAGCGUCUGAUCGACUCGGAGGAUGAAGACGAAAUGCCGCACAAGAAGCCCAGGAAGGACAAGAGCAAAGAUGGCAAGCACAAGAAGGACAGAGGCGGCGAGGACACUAAGAAGAAGAAAGUCAAAUACGGCGUGGUGGUGACUUCGGAUGAGGACCUCAGCGAAGGUUUGUCGGAGGAGAAACCUCGCCCGGACGAGCAGCAAUCCAAGCCCAAGAAGAAGCCUGACGUCAAGCUGAAGGGCAUCAAAGACCUGAUCCAGGAAAAGAAGAGCAAGCCGAAGGAGAGCGGUCAACUCAAGCUCAAGGUCCCGACUGCCUCCAAAGUUCGAGAGGACGCCGGCCCGCCCUCGUCAGACUCCAGCGACAGCUCGGGUCUGCACCGAAAGAGCAAGGGCAAAAGUCAGGAAGUGGUGCCGGCUGCCAAGCCAUCCUCCUCCGCCUCCAAGCCACGGGAGGAAGAGGCCACUAGGGAGGACCCCAAAGGCUCCACCAACCUCUUUGAAACCUUCCUGCUCAACUGUGAAGCCAAAGACCGAGCUCCCCGCAGACCACCUGACAAGAGCACCAGCAAGCCUUCCAAGAUCCUGGGAAAGCUUGAGAAAAUCAUCAAGCCUGUCAGAGAGUCUCCCCCAUCAAAAGAACUCGAAAGGACAGAAAAGUCCAAGCAGCCAGAAGCCGUCUCCAAACACGGCCAGAGCUAUGGCUUCAGCCUGGAUAGCGACGAGCGAGAAGAUGAAAGCGUGCCGACUAAACUGAGGAAUACAGACGACUCUCGGGAACGGAGGGACAAGACGGAAGAGAGCCUCAGCAGGUCCGGUUGGGACAGGAUAGGCCGACCAGACGACAGGAAGAAGAGGAGGGACGACGGGGAGGGACGACAUUUCAUGGUGUCGGAUGACCAUUUGGACCAGCAACCAAUGGAGGUCACCGACAGAGCGGCUAAAGGUCCAGCCACAUUGAGCUUGGGAAUGGACCUCAAUCUUGAUUGGAUGACUCUGGACGAUUUCCAGAAACAUCUGAAUGGAGAUGACGAGAUCCUGUCUGGGCCGCCGCUCUCGCCAAGUGAGUUGCGGGAUGCCGUCAAGAGCGGAGACUACGUGGCGGUAAAAUUGGCGCUCAAUUCUAAAGAGGAGUACAACUUGGACCAGGAGGCUUGCACUACAAUGGGUGUGAAGAGGUCUUUUGAUGAGAGGAAUCCAAGGGAUGGCAGUUUAGUACCGCACUUUAUAAACAAUCUGCAAGAGGGCCGGAGUGCCUGUACGGAUGAAAACCCCCAGAAAGGACUGCCUGAAUCGGAAUGCAGUUCAGGUCAAGGAACAGAAAUGUUUAAGCCUGAGGAUCCAAAACUUGACAAUUUGAAAUUGAGCGCCCAUGUUCCUGACCAAACUACAGUUGCUGGGGACUGCAACCAAACAGGAGGAAAACUCAACUGUAGCGAGGAGACAAACAGUUUAAUGUCUGAGAAAGUGACCAAAAAAGAGGGAAGAGCAACUAGAAGUUGUCGGAGGAAAGCCGUCGAAGCCCAACAGCCAACGCGAACUAGUACACGUAAGCGGAAAAAGGUGGUUCUUACAGAAUCCAGUUCUGACGAGGGUGAGGAAAAGGAAGUGUUGAAAAAGCACUUUUGUUUCUACUGUCAUGCACCUUUCAGCCAGUUAGAGAAGCACUUGGAGAAGAAUCACGCCGACGAAAAGGAUGUGGCUCAGGCCAUCCACUUCCCAAGAGGCUCCAAAGUCAGACAGAACUUGCUGGAAAAAAUCCGCGACAGCGGUGACUAUGAGCAACAUGCCAAAGGUCUCCGAAAGGAGGAAGGCGAAAAUGUAACCCAGACGGAGAUAAAGUAUCCUAAAAUAUGCGUCCGUGACUUUCUUCCUUGCCAGCACUGCUAUAAGUUUUACCGCAAAACCGACCUUUGGCGGCAUGAGCAGUCCUGCAAAGCCAAGAAGAAUGAUUUCAAAUCCCCCGACUUGCACAAUAUGAAUACCACAGGAGAGAGCACUACCUCGCAGUUGCUUCCCAUGUCAGAAUUCUUGACAGAUGGCUGCAGAGAGAUCAUCCGUACAAUGCACCAAGACAGUAUCGCUAGGCACGUCGUCCAUGACCCUCUCAUUUGCAAAUACGGGAAUACCCUGUUAACCAAGUACAACCACGACAAGUCUCAGUAUGCCUACAUCGGUCAGAAGAUGCGACAGCUAGGCCGGUUCAUGAUUGCCGUCAAUGAGCUAGACAACAGUGUGUGCUACUUGCACCAACUUUGCAUCCCCUCCAGGUUCGAAUUGGCAGUGGAAGGCGCCAAGAAAGCCAGUGGCUUCGAUCCCAGUUGUAGUCGGUUCAAAACCUUUUCCCUGGUGUCCAAAAUCGGCUAUUCCUUGAAACGGGCCGCCGAGAUUGCCUUUGGCGAGAGUCGCAUGACCGAAGACCGUCUGACAGAAGGCGAGGUGAAAGCCUUCAUACAGUUAGUGGAUACCAAAUGGAGUGAACGCUUUUCUCGCAGGUCUUUGUCAUCGUCGUCAUCCUCCAAAGCGGAGGUUCCAAAAGUAGAGGUGGACUCAAGCGGUGUGACAGACGACCUGAUCAAACUCCAUCGGUUCAUUGAUGAAGAGGGCGAUGAAGCCAUGCGGGAUCUACGCCACAAUCCCAGCGUGGCCAAUUGGAAAAAGCUAAGUGAGGCCACGCUGGCCGACGUUUGCCUCUUCAACAGAGCACGCGUGGGCAACAUUGGCCGGCUCCUCUUGCAAACGUACAUCACCAAAAAACUCCGAGGCACUUUUGUGCCCUCGGCUGAUCAAAUCAAGAAAUGCACCAAACUAGAGCUUGAGGUCAGUGGGCACGUUACCCGGGUAGAACUAGAAGGUCAGUUUGGCAGGAACAUGCUUGUCCUGCUCACUGAAAAGAUGAGUUUGUCACUGGACCUUUUGGUAGAAAACCGCCAGAAUGCCGGGGUGUCCAAAAGCAACCCAUACCUCUUUGCCCGGACCGAAGGCCACUCCUUCAUCCGAGGGCUCGAUUGCUUCCGAAGGGCGGCGGUGGAAUGCGGCGUCAAGAACCCCGAAGCACUCUUGUCACCGGCGCUCAGGGAGCAAAUCGCAUGCUGCUGGCAGCUCAUGAGCCUCAGCCAAGGGGAGCUUCAUCGAGUCGCCGGGCUGCUAGGAAAAAGCACCCAGGAGUGCUACGCCUUAUCUAAAAACGCAUUACUGCUGGAGGAGGCCUGCAAACACCUAGUACAACUGGACCGCACAAAACCAAUUCCAGCUAGCACAGCCAGAAAUGGAACUCCGUCCAAAGCCGUCCCGAAGAGACGACCGUGGAGCGAGCUGGAGCAGGCCGCGGUUAAAAAUCGGAUGAGUGAUUUUUUAAAAAGAAUGAAGGUCCCAGGCAAGAAAGACUGUAACUCGUGCAUUGCUGCUGAACCAGAUCUGGCUGCCAGAUCCUGGACUGAUGUGAAAAACUAUGUGCACAACAGCAUCCAGACCAUCCGCAGACGAAGUAAUCAACAUAAGGAGGAAGGGAGUAGCAGAGCUAGUAAGCCAAAGAGACAGAUAGAGGAAGUCCAAAGGGCGGAUCUGGUUGAUGCGACGGCAAGUUGUAGCGGAACUUCAGGUCUUCAGGACCACUCUGUGGAGAGUGCAAAUUUUUGCUUGCAGCUACAAGAACCAAAUCCUUACACCCCAGAGAUGCCUUUAAGCUACAUGUCCUUGUGUUCUCCUAGUACAAAUAUAAUCCAUAGCAAUCAGCCACUGAUGUCAACGUUCACGUCACUCAAUGCCACUGACACUCAAGUAGUACCCACAUUCACGCCGCACAGCACCACCAAUGCGCUUAUGUCGUCUGUAUACACAUCUGAAACCGACAGCAUCCAUCCAUUGGCUUCUUACUCGUCCAAUACUUCAAGUAUGCAUCCCUCGGACUACUCUGACCCUUUAAACUCCCCAAUGCUUCACAAUUUUAGUGUUCCCAGUACUUCGAUGUUUCCCACGUACACCCCGCUGAACUCCCCAAGUCCACCCUUGGUCUCAGCCUUUUCCUCAGCCUUAAGCGAUCAAAGCGGGAUUUUGGUGUCCUCCUUCACGGCCCUUGACGAAACUGCCACGCCUUCCUACCCAACCGAUCACGCGAGGAGUUCCACAACAGCACAAGUGGUCCCCACAGUUCACAGAAGCAGCGUUCACGAGGGGGCGUCCCUACAGCCCCCGAUCAACCAAAACCCCUCACAGAAACAAUCUCCGUCCACUGCCAAACCCCACAAGAGGCAAAAAAGGUUGUGGAGCACUGAGGAGCAGGCAGCAGUUCGGCGGCAGUUUGGAGACUUGGGCAAACUGGUCAAGGUGCCGGGAAAAAAAGACUGCGACACGUGUUUGGCAUCAGAGCCGGCCUUGAGUAGCCGCACGUGGCGGGAAGUCAAAUAUUUUGUUCACAAUAAUAUUCAGUCCAUGAAAAGACGAGGCGUAGCGACGACUUUGCCCGAAUUACUCGAUGAACCCAAACAGGAACUAGAGACUCCAGCGUCCAAUGCUGAGUGGGACGGUCCUGUUUAUCUGUCCCUGUAAAAAAAUAUUGCAUAGCAUCAGGAUAUGUUAAGGCACGAGAAUUAGAUGAUGAAUACAAACGUUCAGAUCUAGCUGUCCACAUAUUACAUUACUGAUCAGAUGUAUAAGUGGCAUGCGAAAGCUGCAUCUGGUAUUUUUAUUAAAGGGGUGCAACGGUAAGAAGCACUGUUUGGGUUAGUACCUGUUUUAAGGGGACCUGUUUGUUCACAAUGGGCAGUGAUCCCCAACCACAGAGAUUGUCGUUUGCAGCGGGAAAUUAUUAACUCUUUUUGCACCGCUUAUGCAUCAGGCUUGCGGCUGAAUUGGAGACCCAGCUGAUUUGGGCGAGAGUCGAGUUAGGGUAAUCCCCUGAACUGGUUGGCAUCUGUUCGCAACAGAAGAGACACAUUCAUGUUUAAGAAUUUAAAAUCUUUACUUAGACUAAUAAACCUGUUUUCGGUAUGUGUAAGGACUAAGGAGUACCUGGAAAACAGUUAACAUGCACAGUAAAUGUGUAUUUAAAGACAAACUGAGAUGCAGAUGUGCUAGCCACUUAUCUACCGUGCCUUCCUUACACAACUUAAUUGCGCUAUCUAUGCUAGCUUCCUCUAAGCAGGAAAAUGAAAUAUUCUUCCACGAGUUGAUAGGAGGUACAUACUGUAAUUAAUUGUUGUAUCUGCCUUUGGCCAUUCAUAUAACAGUAUCAGCGCUCUCCCGUAAUUACCACAUUGAGCUUAUGUAGACCAGUUACGACUAUCACAAGUUUCCUUUCAUUAAAAAAAAUUUGAUCACACUUCACGUUUAUUACACAUUAGAUAGAAAAGAUUGAUACACUACAGUAUGCGGACACUAAACAAGAAUAGAACCAGGAACUGAGAAGUCUAAAAUGGUGCAAGACCUGAAUUGGUGUUUACCGAUAGCAAAAUUAGAAUACAUGCCUUCUUGAUGCCUUUUUAUUUUAACGCUGCCCAACAAAUUACUCCCAUUACCGGUCAUUCGUAAAGCUCAUUAUCGAACCCUUCGUAAACUGAGGCCCACUUCCGUGUUCUUUUUAAAAAAAAAAUCAAACAAGUACUGUACGGACAAUUUAAAAAGACUCCCGUUAGGUCGCACAAAAACAAAAAAACCUCCAUAUGCCUGACAUCAGCUAGCAAGAGGCUGAGUGUAGCCUGUCUCUUACCUGCUGUUCUCUAUCAAAAGAUCCACUACCGUUACAGCCGCUGAUAAACACAGUAAGAAAUUGCUGUUUAUAUGCUUCCGUUACAUACAAAAAAGUUUUAAGCAGCAUAAACAUCACUGCCGUAAAUCAUUCCCCUGCCUUUUCGUGUUGCAGUUAUGUACUUCUGUCAUCCAUGAACCUUUAUGAACGGACUCCCUGGUCGCUCUGUGGUUUAAUCCGGUGGACCUAGUGCAUGAAUACAAAGAAAUGGCUCCAACUGGAAGCGUUACUACUGUUGCUUUGGCUGAAUUUGCAUAAGCACUAAAUGUAUAAUAUUGACCUUACUUUGUUGAAUACCAAACAUUAGCUCGAAGUUAAUCCCACCAGAAUUGUGGUUAAUUGGUGAGAUGUUUAUUUCUUUGCUUUAGGCCAGGCUUCCCCAAACUAUUCAACAUUGGGCCGCAGUGGGUGAUUGUAGUCAGAUGCUGCUUGUUUUAGCAGAAACCUCAUUGGUUAAACAGUCUGUACUCGGUUGGUAGGAACAAAAACCAGGACCCACAGUGGCCCUUGAGGACCAAUUUCGAACACCCCUGCUUUAGGCAAUUUGUCAUGUUUUUGAUCCGCAUUCUCCAAACCGGUCCUCAAGGGCCGCUGUGGGUCCUGGUUUUUGUUCCUACUGAUAGGCACAGACAGUUUAACCAAUGACGUUUCUGCUAAAACAAGCAGCACCUGACUGCGAUCAACUGAUUAUACUUGUAAGACACUACAUUGUUUAAAAAAAUGUCUCAUUUCGUUGGAAUAAAAUCCUGCACCUACUGCAGCCCUAUAUGGAAUAGUUUAGCGACCUUGUUGUAGAUGGUCCCAGCAUAGGCAGCACUGUGUUUACAUUGAAACCCAUAUUCCCUGCUAAUUAUCUAUUUAUUAUUUUUAUAUGUGUGUGUGUAGAGUACCAUGUACUGGAACUGUGUAAAAUAAAUGUUUUACUUUUAGUGUAAUUGGUUUGAGAAAAAUAUUGCAACGUUGGUUGUGAAAAUUGGUUGAUUCUAGGGAUGCAAUUAAGAUAAAAAAAUUAAAAAAAACAGGUUAACAAAUAGAUUAUUUUUUGAUUAAUUGAUGACUCUAGUAGAAAAAGAUAUUUCAUUUCGGUCCCUUUAUCCAUGAACAGGACUUGUUUCUAAUCAACAGUGCAGAAAAUAGUCAACAUGAAUUGAUUCUGAUUGAGUCACUGAUUUGGUAUGUAACAUGUAAGCAAAUAGGCAAAAAUUAUAGUCAUGGUUUUCUCAAUGUCAAAAUAAUUUUUUUAUUAAAGAAAAGGUUUAUCUACAUAUAGGAUGACAGAAAUCAAACAUUUGCUAAUGGGACUUAAUGAGGAUUUGAACAAUUUGGAGUAAAGAAUUAAUCGAUUAUCAGAAUGGUUGUCAUUUAAUUUAAAAUCCGAUUAAUCAUUGCGCCUCUAUUUGAUUCCAAAUGUGCAGCUCUGAUUACUAAUAUUUGUUUACACACAACCAAACUCAACAAUUUGUUUUGCUGUUCACACCUGGAGUUCCUGACAUCCGAUUACCCUCCUACUCGAGUGUCCGUGACAUUGCGUUAGGGAUGGCUGAUGGGGCCUAAAAAUAUCUUUCACAAAAUAUUUGAGUUCUGAUUCUCAUCCCCCUCCUGCUUUUUAAGUUUUUUUUUUUUUUUAAUUUCCUUCCUGGAAUUAAAAUGCAAAACUUAUUUCUCGCUCUUUGUCUUCCCCAAUUUGUGCUGUGAUGCCAGCCCCGAAAUACAAAGUGUGACUGCUUUUGUUUCUUGUCAUUCUCUCUCAUGGAGUAAUCUAUCAAAUAAUCCGUUGCUAGAUUUCCAUCCUUUCCAACACCUGACUUGUUAACUGUUGCGUUAGAGUCCCAUUUUGUAGACGAGUGCACGUGCAGUUUUUUUCUCGCAAAUUUGUUGUCACUUUCCCGUUUCCCAACAUUAAGAAGCACUUUUUUUUAACGUAUGGAUGCGUUUAUUUCAUGUUUGUUUGUUCAAUAAAAAAUUUGAAGUGUACUGGCCGGUAUGUCUAUUUUGAACUGCGUUUGUGGGCAUUACAAUACUAUUUGCUGCUGGUCGCGGAUGAAUUGUUGUGGUAGCCAGUGCGCUUUAUCUUCUUUGUCUUUCUCCACAUCUUAUCGCUACAUGGAAUUGUACGACUGACUUAUUCGUUUAUAAUCAAAUUUUUCAUCUAAUUGUUACAGUCUCAGUAGCUGAUCCAAAUUUGAGUCCUGCUUUGGUGUGUCUUUUUUUCCAGUUCUUUCUCUUGAAUUUUGAUAUCCGUCUGCAUCCGCUAACCACCCCAACUCCACAAAUUUGCAUAUCACACCUUUCGGUACCCAUAGACUUCAAUAUCACUUGACGGGAAACUGGGCGCGCAGCUGUUCUGUAGGCGGGCUAUUUCCAAAAACUUAAAAUUCAAAUAUUUUCAAAACCAGAAACGCUAGCGACAUAAAACAAAAUCAGGCACCUCCCUUAGGCAUCUAUGAGUCUCUGUGAGCAGCAGCCUAAAAAAAAAUUCCAAGUCGUUCCCUAAUAAAAUCCCGAUUAAUUCUUUUUUUUAUAGGUACAACAAAACUCAAAAUGGCUAUAAAAUUCUCUGAUUUUACACAAGAUGCACAAAAAUCACCAAAUUCAGAAAUAAUCACCUAUAUUUUCGGGAUCAAUAGCAACAUUUACCGUAUGUUUUUGACUGAAAUAGCAACUUCAAUUUUUAUUUAGUGCAAUUUUGACAAGUUUUCAACAGCUAAUAAAUCAAUUUUCAAAUCAGAUCAUACUUGAGGAAAGCAUGCAGAAUCAUCUUAAUUUUACUCAAUAAAAGCAAAAUUUGUAUUUUUCUAUAUACGUACAAUCACAACAUUUUUAGGUUGCAUUCCGAUGUCACUAUUGCCUCAGAACGUCUUCUCGGCUAUCUGUCCCUCUUCAUUUUUAGAUUGAAGUUACAUAAAACCCGUAAAAGCCGAAUUUGUUUUUUGUAUGGACACAGAAAUGCUCAUGGCAGUGUCAUGUCAUAAUUAUAAUGGUCUUAUGGCGUCGCUGUCAAAUAAAGGCUUAAAGAAUAGCAGAGCUAGCAAAUAAUGAAACAACUGGAAGAGUAACUGAAGAAAUAAUGAACACAGAACAUAGAUUCCGAUUGUUAUUUACAGUGGGGCAAAUAAGUUUUUAGUCAACCACUAAUUGCGCAAGUUCCCCCACUUGAAAAUAUGAGAGGCCUGUAAUUGUCAACAUGGGUAAACCACAACCAUGAGAGACAGAAUGUGGAAAAAAACAGAAAAUAACAUUGUUUGAUUUUUAAAGAAUUUAUUUGCAAAUCAUGGUGGAAAAUAAGUAUUUGGUCAAUAACAAAAGUUAUUGUUAUAAGAUGUACUGUACAUCUGUAGCGCUGCAAUGCAUGCUAGGAAGCAUGUUGGACAACAGCAGUGUUCAUAGCAGUCAGUCUCCCCCAAGGGAUCAGUGAUGACCAAAUGAACGUUCUUGAAGCAAUGAACCUUUGCAGCCAUUUAGUUCAAAGCUUCAUGGUGGUUCAUUUGGUCUCAUGACAGUCUUAUGAUGCCGCUGUCAAAUAAAGUGUUACCAGUUAAUAUCUUUUAGUGUAAAUAUCCCAUCAUACAGUGAGGACAGUUGCGGUUUAUAGUCCAGUGCAGCUUAUUUAUGAACAAAUGCCGUUUUCGUGUCAAAUUUGGUAGGUGGCGGCUUAUAGUCUGAAAAUUACGGUAGUUAAUUCUUUUGCCAAAAAAUAGGCAGUUGGCCAAAUAUUACCUGAUUAUUUGAAUGUAAAGUUACGCUAUUGUGUAUAGAUAAAAAAUUUAACGUGGUGGCCGUCAGAGCUUUAUAAAUUGAAAAUUCUUCUAAGUAAAUGCUUUAAUACCGGGAUUUCUAUAGAUAUGAAUGUAAAACAGUCUAGAUUCCUAAAGUUACGCUAAUUUCUUUCCGUUCAUUUAAUUUUUUUUACGUUUCAAAGUGCAUGCAUCACUCUGAAGACACUCCUGCCUGCUUGUAUGCACUAAAAAUUUUGUCCUGAUUCCACCUAAAUUCAGUGUUAAAACCCAGCGUGUAUUUGAGUUUAUUGCAGUUAAAGCCCUCACAAUGCCCUGCCUGGCUUAGCCCCCUACGGGGAACUAUGGCUGUUGGAGCUGUCUCGUCAACUGAGAGUGAUGUCUAUGUCGGUAUCCAGCACAACAAUUGAAUCUGAUCACUUAGUCACAAUCUCCAUUUUUUUUAAUCCAUAAAUGUUUCACCAGUAUAUCCUGUAGUAGGUUUUACAGUAGUUACAGUGUAAAAUCACGCCUUCAAUAUUGUCCAGACAUUAUAAAUAUAUUCUUCCAACUUUGAUGUUGAUAUCCAAGCAAAAAAAGAACUUUAAAAAAAAAAAAAAAAUUGUAUAAGAUAACAUGUUGGCCUUAGUUAAUGCCUUUUUUAUGUAUUGUAAGGAACUUAGAACACGUGCUUGUACAAUAAAAUGUUUGUUGUAACUGGCCACCAUCUUUUUGUUUGUUAUGUAUUUUGUUUGUUUACAAGUUCUGUAGCUAUAGGAAAGCACUGUACAAAACAAAAAGCUCAGUUUGAAAGUUUUUAGUAAGUGUAGUUUUCUAACAGCCAAUAGUUUGUCCACAUAAAGAUUUUGUCAAGUCAAUCGUUUCUGGAUGUGACAAUCCACAAGUCAUCACGCAGCACUGUAUUGAGGUACCUUAGGUACCAUACUAUUGGUAGCGGUACUAGGGUUUUAACA